AUGGCGGCGCUGAGGAGGCUGGGCCGGUCCCUGCUGCGGCCCGGCCCGGUGGCAGCGGAGGUGGGGCGGCGAGGGGUGAGGGCGCUGCGGAGGAGCCCCGUGAGGGUGUUGCCGCCGCAGAAGGAGAGGAAGGCGGCGGCUCAGGAGCGGCAGAGUCCCCAGGAGCCCCCCCCGCCGCCGCCGCCGGCGGUGGAGCGGAGCUCGGCCGGGGCGGGGCUGUGGUACGAGAAGGCGGGACCCGGUGACAGGAGGCUGGGAAAAGUUGUGACUAUCGCCAAAUCGAAGAAGUUUCGGGAUCAUCACGGGAAGGUUCUGCUGGAGGGUCACAGGCUGAUCAAGGAUGCUCUGGAGGCAGGAGCUGUGCUGCAGACUCUCUUCUUCAGCAUGGUGGGGCACCUGAAGGAGCUGCCCGAGGCAGAGCUAAAACGAGCCAACUUAGUUAAGGUGAAAUUUGAAGACAUUAAGAGCUGGUCUGACCUCGUAACUCCUCAGGGGCUUAUAGGGAUCUUUUCCAAGCCCAACCACGCCAAGUUGUCUUACCCUGCCGCUCAGCUAGCCGGCUCCUUGCCACUGCUCCUCAUCUGCGACAACAUCCGUGAUCCAGGAAACCUGGGGACUAUUCUGAGAUCUGCAGCAGGAGCAGGCUGUGAGAAAGUGCUGCUCACCAAAGGCUGCGUGGAUCCGUGGGAGCCCAAGGUGCUCCGUGCAGGCAUGGGGGCUCACUUCCGCCUGCCCAUCAUCACCAACCUGGACUGGGAAUCUGUUCCCAACAACCUUCCUGCCGGUGUCCGGGUCUGCGUGGCCGACAACAAAGACCCAGGUGCUCAGGCUGAGACCGUGUCCCUCCCGAGGGCAGCCAGCGGGGCCCGCUCUGCUCCUGGCAACCUGAAACCUCACCUGAAAUCCAAACCCAAGGCUGCUCCUGAGUGUGAGGAUGAGGAGGGAGCAGAGAAUGUCUGCAUCCCAGAGCUGGCUGCCCAGUAUUACUAUGAGAAUUGGACACAGACUCCAGUGGCAGUGGUGAUCGGCGGAGAGACCCACGGUCUGAGCCCGGACGCGCUUCACCUCGCUGCCAGCACCGGGGGCAAGAGACUGGUCAUUCCCGUGGUGCCAGGUGUGGAGAGCUUGAACUCUGCUAUCGCUGCUGGCAUCGUGCUCUUCGAGGGGAAGAGGCAGUUGCUGUGCAGGCACAAGCAGGAAGAAAGAAGGCAGAAGUUCCCUGUAGUGGGCUGAACUGCUCAAGUUUGGGUGCUGGAGAAGCAUCUUUUCCCUUUGGCGUGCUGUAGAAUUAAUAAAGGAGCAGCUCGGGCUGUUUGGUUUGCAGUAAAUGGGUAUUAAAGAGCUCUGGCAGUGGCGGGGCUGUGCCUACAUGAGAGUGUGGCUCCUGGCCGAGCCUGUGGGUGCUCUGGCCGCACGGUGAUGCGAGUGAGAAGGGAAGGGUGGGAGCCCUCACCGUGCAGCCAGCCAGCUCCCCUCUCACUGCAGGUCUGGGGAGGCCUCACAUCCCUUGCUGCGAGGUCAGGACGCAGCUGCCACAGCAGCGUUCAUGCUGGCCCAGCCAGGAUGCUGCUGACAGUGUGUGUCCUUCCUCUCACAGCCCCGGGCUGCGCAGCCUGGCUGUUGCUGGUGGUUUUGGGGUCAGAAAGGCCAAAGAGUGGCCACCUGAAUGGGAUUUGCUUGUGCUUACCAAAACUUGUGCUCUAACAAGCGAUG